CCUACGAUUAAUCAAUCAACCUUCGCUUUACUAUUGUGAUUCCGUGACUAUACAAUUGGCAGGCCUUCUUUGCUACACCCAGCGCCCACCGCUGCUGCUACGACCUGACGCCAAAUCAUGGAUGUCAUUCUCGAGCUGUUCGACCUGUUGGUCGGGGAUCGCCUGUAUGCCGCCACCCUUCCGGCAACCCUCAAGUCGUCGCCCUCUUUGUCCACCUUCCUAGAAGAUGCAAACAAUACCCUGUCGCUCUUUGGCGACUCACAAUCCUAUGUCUAUCAGCCAGCCACCUCUUAUUUGUACCUCGAACCCUCCAAAUAUGCGUACAUGAGCAUGUGGCCCCGCGACAAUGCAUAUAGACAGGGACUCAGCUUGUUUUUGAUUACGUGGAUCUUUGGUCUUCUCAUUUAUUUCUUCUUCUCGACCUUGUCAUAUAUCUUUGUUUUCGACAAGAGUACCGUUCACCAUCCCAAGUAUCUUCGCAACCAGAUGAAAUUGGAAAUCGCUCAGACCACGAGAUCGAUGCCAAUCAUGUCGAUUCUCACAGCGCCUUUCUUCUUGGCCGAAGUCCGCGGCUAUGGCAAGAUGUACGACACCUUCGCCGAGGAACCGUUUCCCUACUACAGUGUCUUGCAAUUCCCACUCUUCGUUCUCUUCACUGAUUUCUGUAUCUACUGGAUUCACCGAGGUCUUCACCAUCCUUUGAUUUACAAGACUCUGCAUAAACCACACCACAAAUGGAUUAUGCCGACACCAUAUGCGUCGCACGCCUUUCACCCACUUGACGGCUGGUCUCAAAGCGUUCCGUACCACGUCUUCCCCUUCAUCUUUCCCCUUCAGAAGUGGGCGUACGUUGUUCUGUUCGUCUUCAUUAAUUUCUGGACCAUCUUGAUACACGACGGUGAAUAUGUUGCCAACAGCCCUGUCGUCAAUGGUGCCGCCUGCCACACUAUGCAUCAUCUGUACUUCAACUACAACUACGGCCAAUUCACUACACUGUGGGACCGCAUCGGUGGCAGCUACCGCAAACCUAACGAGGAACUCUUCCGCCGCGAAACCAAGAUGGGAAAGAAGGAAUGGGAAAGGCAGUCCAAAGAAAUGGAAACAAUUCUCAAGACUGUUGAAGGUGACGACGAUCGCCAGUAUCUCGGCAAAGAAGCUGCCAAGAAAAAAUUAUAAGCAGUGUCAACACCUGCUUUUUAUAGUAGCAGCAUUUAAUCCUGGCUCUUGAUGCUCUUUUAAUAUUGUUUUGCAGGAUUAGCGUGACAUACAGCCGUUUGAGUUCUGUCGACUCGUUAUGAAAUUAUGCCGAUGCUCCUGCCGUCAGGUGUAUCCCUAUCAUAUAUAUUUAUUAAUUUUGGGCUUUUGUUAUCACAGCCCCUUCAAAAUUCUGCAGUCAAUCAGGGAAUUACGGUUGCUGGACUAGUUAAUUAUACCGUUUUUCCAGGGUAUUAUUUUACCACUACAUUCGCAUGUAAAUAUGACAUUGGCACAUGCUUGCAACUUGUAACUUGUUAUUGUAAACUGCUAUGGACAUUCAUGAGAGUGCACUAUGACAACCACAUUAUCGUGUUAGGACAUAUACUACAAACUGUUAGUCUAUUCUAAGAAUGAUACAUCUUAAAUCUACAGUA